AUGAAGAUUGUAGAUUAUAUUGUUAUUUUUACAGAUCAAGCAUUAAAAGCAUAAUGGAAAAAAGAAAUAGCUAAUAACCACAAAGUUGAUCCUAUUUUAAUUGUUUAAGAUAAUAGUUAGUCUUUCAUUGAGAAUUGUAAUUUAUUAAAUAUUAUAAAGCCUAAACCUUAAUUGAAUAAGGAAAAUGGGAUGAUGCUAUAUAAUUAUGCGAUUAGGGAAUUAAAAAGUAUUAAAAUAAUAUGAACCUAUAUAAAAAUAAAGGUAAAUAAUUUUAUAAUUUUAGCAACUGCUUUACGAGAAAAAGGUUUAUUAAAACAAGCAAUUGAUAUUUGGGAUGAAGGAAUAUUGAAGAAUGAUUGGAAUAUGGAGUUUUACAAUGAAAAAGGUAAUUGAAUUUUUCUAUUAAUUUUAGCUAAGGAAUUAAGAAGACAAUCCAAUUUAAUAGGAGUACUUGAAUUUUGGAAUUAAUAAAUUUAAAAAGAACCAAAUAAUAUUUAGUUCUAUUAAAAGAAAGGUUUAUGAGAAAUAAUAAAAUUAGCUGAUUGUUUAAAAGAAUAAGAAAGUUUUGAAUAGAUAUUUGAAUUAUGGGAAGAAGGAAUCAAAUAUAAUAACAAUAACAUUAACUUUUAUAUUGAAAAAGGUAACAUAACAAUAGAAUAUCUUAAGCAAAGGUGUUAGAAUAAUAUAGUAGAUUUUCAGAGUGUCUAGAUAUGUGGGAUCAAAGUAUUAAGAUUAAAAUUAAUGAUAUCAACUUCUAUUAAUAAAAAUGUAUUUAAUAUUUUAAUUCAUGUAGCUAAAACUUUAGUUAGAAUUGGUAAACUAUAAGAGGCUAUAGAUUGUUGGGAUUAAGGAAUAGAAUAAAAUAAAAACAAUCAUUUGUUUUAUUAAGCAAAGGGUAAAUUUUAGUAGAUAUUAAAUUAUUUAGAGAGGGAAUUAAAACUAUAAGGAAAAUAUGAUGAAAUAAUUUAAUUUUGGGAUUAAAUGAUUUUACAGAACCCUUCCGAUAUAUAUUAUUAUGAAUAAAAAGGCAUAUAUAUAUAAUUAAAUGUAUAGCUAAAUGUUUAACAGAAUAAGAAAAAUAUGAAGAUGUUAUUAAAUUAUGGAACUUAGGAAUAACAAAUAAUAAAAAAAACAAAUUUUUUUAUCAAGAAUUGAGUAAAUAAUUUAUUUUAGUAUUCAAUUAGGUAAAGUAUUAAAACAUGAAGGUAAAAUAAAUGAAGUGUUAGAAUGUUGGGAAUUGGGAAUUUUAAACAAUGAUCAGAAUCUUUAUUUUUAUUAAGAAAAGGGUAAUUAAAUAUAAGAAUUAUUUUAAGCAAAUGCUCUAAAAGAUCUUAAUAAAUUUUAAGAAAUUUUUAAUUUUUGGUAAACUUUAAUAAAAAUUGAUCCUUAAAAUAGAACUUAUUAUGAAGAACUUAGUAUUUAACUUUUUAAUUCCUUUUAGCAAAGAUGUUAAAUGAAUUUGGAUAAAUGGGAUAAAUUAUAGAUGUUUGGAAAUAAGGAAUUUAGAAUAAUAUAAAUGAUAUUUAUUUUUAUGAGAAAACAAGUAAUAGAUAACUAUUUAAAUAUUUAGGUUAAACUUUAAUUGAAUAAGAGAGAUUCAAAGAAGUUAUUGAAUGUUGGACCAUAGGAGUAGAAAAUAAUAAAAAUAAUUCCAUCUUUUACUAAGAAAAAGGUUUAACUAUUUUCAAUUAUAUUUGAAGCCAAAGCUUUAUAUAAUCAAGGAUAAAUUAAUGAAGUAAUAGAAUGCUGGAAUGAAGGAAUUUAAAAUAAUAAACACAAUUAAUAUUAUUUAGAUCAAAAAAGUAAUUUAAAUUUACUACAUUUUUAGUUGAUUUUUUAAAAAAUUAGCAUAAAUUUUAGGAACUAAUAAUGUUUCUGGAUUAAUUGAUUAAUGAAAAUAAAUAUUAAAUAAAAUGGUAUGAAGAGAAAUGUAUUAUAUUUUAUUAAUUAAAGGCGAGGCAUUAACUCAUCUUCAACAGUUUAAUAAAGCUCUACGCUUUUAGAGAAUCAUAAUUCCAAAAUUAAAAAAUUUUAAUUAUUAUUGUAUAAAAAACGAUUUAUGA